AUAUGCGACGGGUGAACCCAUAGCAGCUGUUUUAGGGACGACACCACUAACUGGCACUUCCUUCUCAACAGUACCGAAGUUGCUGCGGCGAGUCUAGUCUUUCCUGUCUCCUCCAUUACAUUGUUGUCAUGUGCAUCCUGUGCUCGAGCGAUCCUGUUGAGGACGAUGUCCGCAAGGACAACCCGGGUGCCUUCCACGUGGGCAUGAUGCAGGCUCCCGGCGCUGACCCCUUGUGUACGUCCCGACGACGACCUCUCUGUUGAAUCAGGUCUAGCUAACAUGCCUCUUGUGUGCUGGCAGGCUGCCUCGGCUCGUGCUUGUGUCCUUGCUGUGCGCAGAUCAUUAUCCGACGCAAGGCACUCAACUAUGACAUGAGCAACUACACGUGCUGUCAGGGCUACAUGGACGGCAUCGUUCCCUGCGCGCGUUCCGGCCGAUGUGGCGAAUCUAGCUGCCCCAACUGCUGCCUGUGUCUCGAGGCCUUCUGCUGCAAUGGCUGCGCCGUGUCGGCCACGCGCAUGAUGGUCAUGGACCGCUAUCGUCUGCAACCGGACAAGUGGGACAACCGCAUUAUCCGCUGCAACAACUGCAUCCAGCUGGCCAGCUGCAUCUGCAGCCUGUUGUCCAUCUGCAUCUCGGAGCUGGGUGAUCUCGCGGACAUCAUGAACUGCAUUGCGCAGUGUACGUACGCCACCACACAGGGCUGCAUGACCGCCCAGGUGAACGUCGAGCUCCGGGAGCGUGAGAAGGCCUUCGAGGUGCCGGACGAGACCAUGGAUCGCGUCUAAGCAGUUCGCCGCAACAGUCACUGCUAGCGCAUCAGUACCGAAGCCAUCGUUGACGGCGAGAAUCUUUUUUUGGAAGAAGAUUCCUUUGCACACACAUCCAUUGCGCAUAUGCUUGAUUCAAUACACUUCCCCAUUCCGGUGAUGUAUCACACCUUCAGUAUUAACUGUACCCACUUGAGCCAGGGGUUUAGGCGUCCCCGUUCAAAAGUUCACGCGUUGUGGGACACAACAUGGUCACAUCGAGAGAGGCUGUAAACAGCCUUUGAAGGUGCAAGUUGAUCAAAGGCUCUGCCAUCCUACUACAUCUUAAUUUUUUAUUAAUGUAUUAUGUUUAAACAAGAUUAUUAUUAUCAA